GAGGUGCAGCGACCCGUCAGAGUGAAGUUGACGCAGUGUGGCGAUGGGCCAUGCGACCUGCUUGUGCGUGGCCAAGGCUAGAAAAAGGCGGCAUUGUUCCUGGUCCAAACCAUCCUCAGAUCGCCUCUCGGUUCAGCGCAGCCCUCAGCCGUGAGCCGUGAGCCGUGAGCCCCUUAGCACAGCUCAGAUCAGCUCAGCUCCGCUUGGUGGCUGACCGCUCAGCAAGCAGCAACGUGGUGGUGAGCCGAGUCCAGGAGCAGCAGGAUCUCGGAGCCGAGUUGAGCCCCCCAGUAAACGCAUCGGGACCGGCAGCGGCAAUGGCAAUGGCAGUGGCAGUGGCAGGAUCGAAGUGGCGUUUCGCAGCUGUAAGCGUUUGUUUGCUGGUGGUGAUGGCGAUGGUGGCCGAAUCCAGCGCUGCCGGGGUGUGCGACCCCAACGCGCUGUACCCGUGCCUGCGAGCCAUUCAGGGAGCUCGGCCACCGCCGCCCAGCGCGCAGUGCUGCAUGGUGGUCCGCAGGGCGAACAAGAAUUGCAUGUGCGCUCAGCUGAGGUCCAGCUCCUUCCCCGCCCAGAUGGUGAACAACGGGUUGCGGCUGCCCAAGAAGUGUGGUCGCACGGAUCUGGGUGGCUUCCGCUGCGGGCGUUACACGUUCCCCAAAUGAGCGGAUGGUUGCAGGCGGGAAGCAGCAGGAAGGCUGGGCGGUGGGCAAUGCGGACCCGGGACGGCGUUGGGCAGCGGAGCGUAGGUGUGGAUAGUUCAUGUCGGUAUAGCCAGGAUCACGUGUGUGGCGGUGCAAUCAUGGGUAUUGUAUGGGACUCUUGUGGAUACCCCAUUGUAUUGUUUCUUUCCUUCCCCCCAUGAAACGCUGGCUUCCUGUUCUCAGCACUACUUGUCCCUUUCACGCGAGUCGUCCUGUUUUUCUACGGGCGCUGGAAGCCGUCGUGUCCCCGAGUGAGCAUGUGUCCACUACUGAUAGCUACUUGAUUUCUAUUACUUCAACAUUAAUCCAUAUGCCAAGUAAAAAUUUCAAUAA